GGACGUGUUGGCGCAUAGGCCUUCUGUCUAGUUCAAUUAAAAACUUCGUAGACUUAAAAGCAAAUUGUGAAUGCAUUUUAAAUUAUUUGUUUAAAAAUUGUAAACUACAUACGAAUUUAAUAACAAAAAGUCAACGUCAGCGAUUGAAUGAAGUGUAUUUAUUUAAUUUAAUCAAAACAAUAAAAAUCUAAAUUUGUUAUUGAAGUAAAUUAAGUGAAUGCGCUGUGUGUGAGUGAAAAAGGGCAUCAGCUUGUUCGCUGGCGGCCUAUUUGCACAUUGUGUAUUUAUCUAUUUAUUUAUAACACAUUCACAUACACAUGCAUGUAAAAGUGAAAUUUCUUCGAGUGACAGCAGCAAAACAAUGCGAAGUGAAAGAGAAAAUGAAGUGCCAUUAAGCCAUGCGAAAGGGGGAAGAAAGGGGAUAUACAAACAAUAACUGUAAAUGUUAAAAUUUUUGGGCACAUUGAAAGCCCUAAAAUGAGCGCCUCCACAACACUGGAAGUGAACUGCAAAAACAACAACAAUAACAGUAAUAUAAAUAACAAUAACAGCUUCAGAUAUGCGAACAUGCACAAAUACAAAAAACCAAUUAUGGAUGAUUCCUUGGUGCACGUCGGUUCGGUCUCUGUCUCGGUCGCAAGUUCCUGCAACUCACCGCAGUUGGUCAAGAGCAACAGCUACAACGGCACAAGCACGCGCUUUCCGCUGGAAGCCAACGCCAACGCCAACUGCGACUUGGGAAUCCCAAUAACGGCAGUCGAUGGCAACAGCUGUGUAGAGAAUGCAAUUGAGGAGAGCAGCGAAUGUGAUACGUUUCUCAUUGUUAAUCCCGGCGCUGGUAGCAGCGCCAAUAAUCGACGCAAUCACAUUAGAUCGUCCUCCUCCUCCUCCUGCGCGUCCUAUUUGCGCCGCAACUCCUGCUGGCUGCGUACGCACUCAUUCAUCAUGCGGAACUGGUAUCUCAGCUAUUUAGUGCCCAUCGCCCUGUUGGGUAUCAUACUCGUUGUUGGCUAUCUGUCGCGCAACUAUGCCAAGGCACUGCUCUUCUGGAUCGAAACACAGAAUCGCUGGACCAUCUUCAUCAUCUUCAUGGCGCUCUUCACACUCGUCAGCUUUCCCAUUGUCGUGGGUUACCUUGUGCUGCUGAUAACCGCUGGCUACCUGUUCGGCUGGUGGCGCGGCUGGUUAACAGUGCUACUGGGAGCUAAUGUGGGCAUAGCCAUAGCUCACCUCACCAUAAGAAGCUGCCGGCACCGCAUAGCUGUGCACAAAAUGAUCAAAAAUGAGACUGGACGAGCCAUACUGCGCGUGAUAUCUGGACCCAAAGCGUUUCGAGUUGUGCUCUUUACGCGUCUGACGCCCAUACCAUUUGGACUGCAAAAUGUCAUCUUUGGAAUCAGUUCCAUUCAGGCGCGGGACUACCAUUUGGCCACAUUUCUGGGUCUGUUGCCCGCCCAAACGAUAAAUGUUUAUCUGGGCUCCACACUGCGAUCGAUGCACGAGGUGCUCAAUGAUCAUAGCUCCAAAGUGACAGGCUAUAUUAGCUUUGUGAUAGAGGUAAUUUGUGGCGUUGCUCUAAUGUUUUGGGUGGUGCAAAAGGCGCGAAAGGAGCUUUCAGAGACGCUGCUCAACUCGGACUAUGAAAACGAUGGCAAACCCAUUGAUAUACAAGUAUAGCAUAAGGAGAACAGCCAGACCCAACAGCAACAACAAGAAUUGACUAAUGUUGACGAUGGAGUCUGCUGAUGCGAAUAGGAAUUGUGUUAAUUAAUGUACAGAUCUACAGAUUGUUUAGCAAACCAAUUAAAUUAUUUAGUAUCUAGUUUAGUGAAUCAAAGUUACAAAUGAGAGAAAUACCAAAAGAAGUGUCGCAAAUAUACAUAAAAGUGUAUAAGAGUUAAACUAUUUUAAUGUCAAAU